CACAGUGGCGUUGUAAUGCAACGCGCACGAGGCGCAAUAACACAUGUGACGUCACAGUGCGCUGCGUGUUUAAAAGCCGGAACACCGCGCCGAACCGCGAUUCAUUUCAGAAGAAACACACUUGCGAUUCAUCAAACUCUAGAAGUAAAAACUAGAAAAGAUCUACAGAAAUGGAAAAGACACGCACAAGCCAGUCGGAGCUUCAGCCUUUGAAGACUCUAAAGAUGCAGAAUAUCAGAACUCACAAAAAUGACAGUGUUGAAAAACAGCUUUUGGAACUUAAAGAAGCGAACACCAAACAAAAUCUUGAAAUCCAUGUCCUGAAAUGCAAAAUCAGCAGCUUUGAGAAAAGCUUUUGCUUAAUGGAGGAAAAACUCUUCAAACAGGGAAAUGAGUUGAACAAAGAGAAAAAGUGCUCCUCCACGCAGACUGAGAACGAGCAGGAAGCUGACAAAGACCCAAAGCCCACAGCAAAGAGAACUGGAUCAGACAUGUCACCACCCAGGAAAGCUCAAAAGCCUCGACUUGAUGCUGCUUCACCUGAUCCUACAAACACAACACACACAACACAAUCUCUCCUGUACAGUGCAUUAGAAACACUACAAAAGUCCUGUUCUGAUACAGACAGGAUUCAUGCACUUACAGGAACAAGUGAACUUCCAGUUCUGAGAGAUGAAGAGAAACACGUCAUUUCUGUGUUUUGUGCAAACGAGUGCUUAGUAGAGACGUUUCUCUCUGUGAUUUUGAAGAAGAUCAAGGCAGAGAGAGGGUUUAUGGGACAUGAUCUCCUGCAGUCUCUCUGUAGGGUUUAUGUAGGCGUGUGUCAACAGAGAGGAGACUCUCACAAAGCACAUGGUCUCGCCUACAGACUCCUUAAAGAAGACUUUCUUGAAGCCCCCCAAGUGAUUAUGGGCAUGGUGACAGCAUGGCCAAGUAUUUUAUCCCAUGACAGCUCUUUAUGCCGAGCGAUUCACAUAGUGAGCAACCGGAAAGCAAGAGGAAAGAUAUUUCACUUCCUCAACAAGUAUCUGCCCUGGAAUGAGGAGCCUCCAGGAAACAUCCACAAUGCUAUCACCAGCACCCUAAAGUCUUUUCUGGAAGACAGCAGUCUGAGGUUCCUGGAGAACAGCUGGUAUGGUUUUAAUCUCUGCCCUGCUACCUGGAACUACAUCUUCAGCCUGGAUCUUCUGUGUGCACAACUGGGCUGGACUUGGACCAUUACCAAUAUUAUAUGGAAGGAUCUUUGGCUGAUCCUGAACACUUGGCUGAGGCAAGCAAGAACAGAGCAAACACCGUUCCGAGACGUCUGUGUAGCAGCAGUUUUCAGGCUACUUGGGCGACUUGGUCAACUAGGACUUAAGGAGAACAUGCUAACGUCACUCGAAAACCUGGCAAGAAGCAUCAAUCAGUUUGGAAUGCGAAGCUUCUCAAAAGGUAUGCCAUGGGAAGUGCAGCUCUCAGUCAUCUAUGCCAUUCAUGAUCUGGCACCCAGCAACCCUGAAGCAGCUCUGAAGACUUUGGAAUCAUGGAAGAAAAACAGCACACGGCGCAUUCCCUCAGCCGUCAAUAAAUGCAUUACGCAAAUCAGCUUCCUUUGUCGUCAGACCGAGUCACAAAGAUCACAGCGGUGAUUUAUCUCUUACAUGAAUAAAAAAAAAAGAUCUCUUACAUGAACUUUGUACAUGAAUAAAUGUCUAGUAAUCUAUAUUUAUGUAUAGAGCCAUACAGCAUUCAGUUUAUUAUAGUUUACAUCUAUGUGUAAAAAGUCUGCAUACUAUAGACUUCCUGACAGGAAGCAGUUAUUUAUGGAUUUUAUUACUUUACAUUUUACGGUGAUAAAAAAAUAAUUUAUAUGCUGAGGGAUAAAGUCUUAUGACGUCUCUUUUUUAUUUAUAUUUGACAUUUUAUAUUUGUAGAUCAUUUUUCUGGUCAUUCUUACUCUUUAU